ACAACAAUAAAAAUAGACGAACAGCUUAACAAUGGGUACUCCACAUGUAUGCUUUGCGGAUAUGCCGCAGUAUGAAAUCUUGGGUAAGUGCAAAAAGUCAACCGAUGUCAUUGCAACAACACUAACAACGGAAUAUGAUGACGCAGCAGCACUGCAGCGGGAACGAAACUUCAGUAAGGAGUGCAGCAUCUCACCUAGCAGCAUUUCACCAACACCACGUUACGAACGCAAUAUGGGCUUCUUUCAGCAACUGAGUCGUCGCUUUGGUUUGAGGUCAAACGAUGACCUAGUUUAUGCAGCUAACGAAGAUGAUGCAAACAGUUCAUCGACCGAUUCGUGUUCUUCCACUACAGGCACAAUGCCAGCUAUGCAAUCGUCUGCAGGCAAUUCAAUUUCCUCAACAUCAUCAUCAGCAGCAAUAAUACGCACCAAUAUGAGAGAAAUACAUGGCUAUAGUAUGGAGCAUAUAUCGUGUGCAUCCAGUGAGACAAGCAGUACUAUUGAUAUAGAAGACCAUCAUCAACAACAGCAACAACAACAAAAACACGAAUCAAUUGCAGUCAAAGAAAGAAAAUCGGUAACACGUUCCAGUUUCUCACGGUUACAACGACGUUCCACUUCAUCGAUACGACGCGCCUUUGAAAGUUUCUCAUUGUCAUCACGUUCGCUUUCCUGCAGUGGUGCAUCACCAACGCCACCUAAUGACAGCACAACCGGCAAAAAUAAUAUACAGAAAUCAGCACUUAAAUCUACAUCAAAUACGGAACUUAAUAAGCGUGCAUCUAUUUCGACUACAACCAAUAAUAGCUCCACAAAGUCCUCCAAAACCAAAUCGAAGCCACCACCACAACGCAUACUGCGCCAGCCAGUUUCAUACACAUAUCUCAAGGGUAUAUCGGGCUUACCCACACAACGUGUACCAAGAAGUUCCGUUUGUUGUCAAUAUGCAAGGCGUUGAAG